GAGCGUGUGGGCGGGUCUUCCGCCUUCUCGUUUGGAGGGAAGUUUAACCAUCAAAACAGUAAACGCAGCUUAAUCGGAUCUGUGGGUAAGCUUUAAUUUCAAUUUUAUUUAACACCUUUUGGUUAAAGGACAAGCGAUAAAAGGAGUCUGUCUGCUAACAGCAUAAAACAUGUAGCGGAACAUGUACCUGCAACGUGAAGUUGCUUUAGCAGAAUUAGCUCUGUUAGCUAAUUUCGGCUGAAAGUUAUCCGCUUUCUGUUUGAUUCUAUCAUGAACUAAGCAGACAGACGUCGCAAAUAGCUUCGUAUAGUUUUAUGUAAACAUCGGUGGUCAUGGAUCGCAACAAGAGGAGGCUGGCAAGUCAGUUGUGCGCCGCGGUAAACGAUGGAGAUACCAGCACAUUGUUUGCAGAUCUGUGCAGCUCUACCUUUCCAAGGGUGCAAGCCCUAACCUAGUGGGUAGUAAAGGUGUGGCUGCAAUACACUUGGCAGUCGGUAAGGAAACAGAGAAAAACAUACGCUGCUUGAAAAUGUUGCUGCAGAAUGGAGCUGACCCCAAUAUCAGCUCUUCUGAAGGCCUGACUCCUCUUCAUGUUGCUGCUCUUUGGGGAUGUUAUCAGAAUCUCAAGCUGCUCUUAAUGAAUGGCGGGGACCCAAAUAUAAAAGAUAAUGAAGGGAACACACCAGCACACCUAGCAGAGCAAGAAGACAACAGAAGAUGUGCCAGUCUUCUUCAAGAAUACCAGUCCAGCUCAGCUAACUCAGAAGAACAAGACUUUCCUCAGUUUAAAUACUCUGUGUACUCAUACCAGGCCGACACGUCCAGCUAUCCUGAAUCAGACUACAGCUUCAGUUCCCGCUCGUCCAUGAUCAGUGAUUUUGGUGAAGCCCCGCUGAGCAGCACAAGGCUUUCAUCCUUUUCAAACUUGUCUAACAUUAACGGAAGACAAAGUUGCAGGGGAGUAUCAUUUAAUCGGCCUUCUGUCCUGUCAAGCACUCGCAUUUCUGCAGCAGGACCUGCAGCUACAACGGCAGCUCCAAAAGAAGAUGCCUCAUGUUUUGAAGAUGCCCUAAUGACAAAAGAUGAUGAAAACGUGGUUUCAACAAAUGGUACAAAAUCUCCUUCCAGGAGCAAUGCUCCUCCAGAGUUUUUCUCCAGACGAGCAAGUCGAAAGAGUGUUAGCUUCAGAAAUAUAGAUGAAUUUUUCCCUGUUUUUAGCCCAGAAUUAUCCAAACAGAGCAUUGGCGGUAAAAUCAACCAGUGCAUGGACACUUUACCCUUUGACAUGUCUGAAUACUCAGACUUUCUAGAUUCGGGACGCUUGGCCACUGUUUUACCACAGCAGGGGAUCGACGUCACAUCACCGGACCAUGUGUUUGUCUACUCUAGAGAAAGCAGUGAGAGCACAGAGGAGGACUUGGAGAAAACAGUUGUUAGUCACUGUGCUCUCAAACUGAGCGAUGAUGAAACAGAGGGGCAGAACAACAAAGAACCUCCUGUGGAUUCCUCUAAACGACAAGAGCAGCCCCACGUGGGCAGCAGCAGCAGCAGCAGUGGGACUAGUAACAGUCAUUACAGUAGCUGUGAGAGUGACCAUUACAUCAGCUGUCUGGAUGCUCCCGUACCCACAAGACAUCCUGCAUUCUCUCUUGGGGCUGAAUUUGACAAAAAGACCAAACAGGCUUUUACAGACUCUGAAAAUGAACUUCUAAAGGAAGAUAAAAAUAUUCAAGCAGAACCCAAGACACAAUCAAAACCUGAAACUAUACAGCCUUUAUCUGGUUUGCUUGAUAAACUGAUCUUGUCUGAAGAACAACACUCAGAGAAGGAUGUAUUGGAAGCUUGUAGCGGUUCUUUUUUAAGCACUGCAAGAAGACUAGAUGUGGUCAGGGAAGAUGCUAAGACAUCAGAAGAAAAUACUGAACUUAAAUUUAAACACAGCCCCUUUGUGACCAGCAGGACGCGUUCUAGAUUGAGCCGCUGCUCGAUGAGAGCAAGCAGAACCCCUGAGAGCCUGUUAAUCACAUCAUCUUUGUUUGAGGAUACAUUGCCAACGCCAGUUCGGACGUUCCGGCAGACGCCAAGGUCUCAGGGCAGUGGACACUGCUUUAACUCCCCUAACACACCUAGUCAUACGUCAGACUCUUCGGAGAGAUGUACCGAAGGAGAUUUAGUACCCGAGGAGAGCCAGGACAUGCAGUCCAGCACUCUUAGAGGUCCAAGCAUCAGCAACAGCCAAGCUGAUACUCUUAUUCUACACAAGAGCGUAACUGACUCUGCUGAGGGAUCACAGUCUUUGAAUGACACGGUCAUGUUGGACAAGAUCCAGGAUGACUCAGUCGAUGCUUAUGAAAGAAAUCUUGCUGAGAUUAUUCUUGCUGUGCGAGGACCGAACAGGGAUCUUUCUAAAGAUGGGCAAUUUCUAACGGAUGAUUUGACUAGUUCAGACGAGGCAAAAGUAGAGGAUCCAACAGCUGGACAACUGGUAGAUGAUUUUAAAAACCACAAUGUUUGGGUUACUGAAGACUACAGCUCAGGCUCCAACUCUGCGUCCUCUUCAUCCACCUCCAGCUGUUUUUCUCCAAGGAGAUCCACGGAGGACUCGGACCCUUCCUGUACUCCAGGUACAGGAUGCACCCCGAGGUACAGCAUGAGCCGACUGUCAAGCAGCCGUCGACCUCUUCGCCUGGCAGACCUGUCUUUCACCCCCGGUGGGCGUCCAGUCAUUCAGGACCCGGAUGAACCGGUGGAGUAUCUCUACACUGAUACAGAACAGGGCCACAAGCUCAUUGAGACACACAUACCACCGACAUCAGACACCUCGCUCACCUCCAGCACCAGCUUCAGUGAUGAGACAGUUCUGUACGACUGGUGCUCCUUGCAAACUGAAAUAAAGACCAACAAAGGGAAAGAGAACCAGCAACCUGACAUGCUGCCUCAGGAAGAGGAACAUGAUAAAUCUGAGAGCAAUCUGUUGCCAGAAACCAGAGGAAUGACUGACAAAGAGCUGAGACUGAGGCUGGUGGAGCUAGGAGUGAGCCCAGGUCCUAUCAGCAGCCGCACCAGGCCCACUUACCUAAAAAGGCUCUGCCGCCUGUUGCAGGAGGAAAAUUGCAACACCCAGCAUCACAAGAAGCAGUCAGACCACCCCCACAAAGAUUUAGGGUAUAGUCCAGAACUGUGUCGGGUCCUAACUAAAUUCCAACUCCCCAACUCCCACGCUGAUGAGCAGGCAUUGAGCCAGCAGUUUGACCAACCAGAUCAAAACAGGAAGUGGAGGGAGGGCAUAAUCAAGUCCAGCUUCAACUACCUGCUGCUUGACCCCAGAGUCACAAAAAACCUCCCGUUCCGCAGUCACAGUCACACCAUGACUCCUCAGGAGUGUUUUCAGACUUUUAUCCACGCCAUAUUUUACGUGGGCAAAGGAAAACGCUCCCGCCCCUACAGUCACCUUUAUGAAGCCUUAGAGUACUACCGAGGGGAGAAGACCGCCAAGAAACUCUGUCCAAAGGUGCAGCAGAUCCUGCAAGUGUGGACCGCCGGGCAGGGAGUCAUCUCUCUGCACUGUUUUCAGAACGUCAUUCCGGUGGAAGCUUACACAAGAGAGGCCUGCUUGGUGGAGGCCAUCGGGCUGAAAAUGCUGACAAAUCAGAAGCGAGGAGAUUUCUAUGGCGUGGUCUCCAACUGGGAGAUGAAACGGAAACGGGAGCUUGGGAUCCACCUGUUAUACCGAGCCUUGCAGAUCUUCCUGGCUGAGGGUGAGAGACAGCUCAGACCAGUAGACAUCAGGCAGUAGAGACAUCCCCCCCCGGAGCAGAGCAUGGAGGUGGGGGACGCACAAUGCCAACUCUUACGGAGUGAAAUACCACUAUAUUGAUAAACAAAGGAUUGGUGAUAUUAACCAUAUCAACUGCUUUAAAACUCUUAUUCAGCUAAAGUAAAAAAUGUAAAAGGUGACAUAAGGGAUGGGACUCUGUCCUAAAAUCAGUGCAGUUAUCAUUUAUAAGACAGGCUGAACAUACAUCCUCAGGAACAAAACUCAAAAAAGAGUUUUCAGGAUUCAGCACUGAAGACGAGGCAACUUCCUGUGCGAAAGUAUUCAUGAGUCAAAUUUAUCAUAGUCAGUGUAACUGCCCUGUCAUCAUUGCCAUACACCAUUUAACCUAAUAUGGACCCAAUCCGUUCUGUAUACCCAUGGAGUCAUCAAAAACAUGUUUGUUGAAAUCAUUUAGUUUGUGUCCUGUAUUUGUAACUAUUUGCUUUUUUCAAUGCAUUUUCUCAGGUUAAUUUGUGAAAAUUAUUCUCAUGACAAAGUUAUGGCUUUCUCAAAUAUGGUGUGUUUCAGCUUCAAAGAAUGAUGCUGCAUCUCUUUAAAAAAAUAUUUCCUCUGAAGUUCAAACCCUGCUUUGACUUGUGGGGCAGUCCUUUUAAAGACGUCCAUGUUAAAGGUUUCAAAGUAAUUUACAUUUCCUAAAUUGUGACAAAAAAACAUUUCACAUAGCUGAGUUAUCAUAGCUUGUAUUAGUUUAGUUCUGUUUAACAAAAAAGACGAUAGCUAGUUGAUGUAUAGCGAUGUUAGUGAGCAUAUAAAUAGUUUAAAAGGAGAUUAUCAUGAGAUGUUUCUAUUCAUUAGCAGAACUAGUUUUAACUUUGUUCCUGUGUGACGGGUCUUUAGCUUGCAUGCUGGAUCUCUGGGGUUACAGCUGUUACUUGUCAUGAUCUCCAUAAUUUUACCAUCUCAUUUACUACACAUCAGUGACCAGAGCAGUGAGCAUCCAAAGCACUCAUUAUCUCCGCAGGGAAUUACGAUUGAUGAGCUCUCCGAGAGUUUCGCUUUGCAAAAAAAAAGCAUUAGCACUGACAAAUGCAGACUUUGUGUUUUUAUAAUGUUUUCUUUGCAUCCCGAUUAAAGCUAAAUUAAACGAUUGCGUCUUUAGUAAAACAUCUCAAACACAGCGUUAAGAUUCAGGUUUUUUUAAAGGAUUUGUUUAAAUAAUUGUUAAACGGUCACUAUUAAGCUCUUGGUGGCAUGAAAAAAAUUUGUGCAUUGUUUCUGAUUUAUCUUAGAGUUUAAAAAUAAAGCUCACCAAUAUUAUCUCAACUGAUAUUUUUCUUUCAUUUUAAGAAUGUGUUUUUGUACAGUUAAUGAAAUCGGUCUUUCGUUCUGUUUACACUGUCUAUCACUGUGUUAGUCCUGUAUUCUCUUUACAUUUGUUGGUUUUCGUGACACAGGAAAAAUGUAGAAGCUCUCACAUUAAACUGGAAGCUGCUCAGUUUUUAGUCUUUA